AUGAGUUUGGCUUGUGAAGAGACUUCUUUUAGAGUGAAGCUUGGUAUGUUGAAGCUUACUAGUGGAGUUUUGGAUGAGAUUCAAGAAGGUCAGAAAUCUGAUUUGGUUUUGGUAGAUCGAUUGACGUUGAUCAAUCAAGGUAAAUGUGGUGAUUUUCAAAUUGAUGAGAAUGAUAUCAUGAGGUGUCAUGAUAGAUUUUGUGUUCCCGAUGUUUCGGAUUUGAGAAAGAGGAUUCUUGGUGAAGGACAUCGUUGUGGUUUGAGUAUUCAUCUUGGUGCUACUAAGAUGUAUCAAGAUUUGAGGAAAUUGUUUUGGUGGCCUGGUAUGAAGAAAGAGAUUGCGGAAUUUGUGUAUUCGUGUUUAAUUUGUCAGAAAUCGAAGAUUGAGCAUCAGAAGCCAUCUGGUUUGUUACAACCGUUAUCUAUUCCUGAAUGGAAAUGGGAUAGUAUUUUUAUGGAUUUUAUUUCUAGUUUACCUAGAACUCUGAGUAAUUGUGAAUCUAUUUGGGUUAUUAUGGACAGGUUGAUGAAAUCUGCUCACUUUAUUCCGAUUAGAAUGGAUUAUCCGAUGAAGAGGCUUGCAAAGUUGUAUAUUGAGAAAAUUGUCAGUUUGCAUGGUAUUCCGUCUAGAAAUGUGUUAUAUAGGGAUGUGAGGUUUAGUUUGAAAUUUUGGGAAGGGCUUACACCAACAGGUAGAGCAUUGAAGUCGCGUAAGUUGAUGCCGCGUUUUAUUGGUUCAUAUCAUAUUUCUAAGAAAGUAGGUGAUGUGGCUUAUCGAAUUACGUUGCCGCCAUCACUUGCUAAUCUCCAUGAUGUGUUUCACGUGUCUCAACUGAGGAGAUACAUUGAGGAUCCUUCGCAUGUUGUCCAAUUAGAUGAUGUUGAGGUUAGAGAUAAUUUGACCGUGGAGACAUUACCUAUGCGGAUAGAAGAUAGAGAGGUGAAACAACUCCGUGGUAAAGAGAUCGCUUUGGUGAAAGUCGUUUGGGGAGGACCGGCUGGUCGAAAUGUGACGUGGGAGCUUGAGAGUCAGAUGAGGGAUUCAUAUCCCGAAUUGUUUGCUUGA